GAUCGCAUCUCAGUUGGCCAGAGAUAGCAACAACACCACCAUGUAAUUGAAUGAAGCUUCCUGGUUCAAUGCACGACUCUGCUUGAUACGAAAGAUCCACAGUCCGCUGCAUUUGGCUUCUCGUGGUUGUUCUUUUAUGUUUCACACCGGCAUCUGUCCAGUCAGGUGAUGCUUAUUACGGAUUGAGAACGUCAGUCCUUGUACUCGAAUGAGAUCCUUUGGAAUCAAUUUGGAAUUCGGAUAGCACCCAACCACCAUGACUGAAGAAAGUUCCGGCUCCUUCGGCUCCUUCUGGCAGCGCUCAAUCGAUAAAGUAUCGUCCAGGACAGUCAAGUUUAUGCCCAACGUAACGACCCCCGGAAAUGGGAUGACAGGCAAUUCCGUAGAUGAAGGAGAUUCGCCUACUUUAACACAGAAGCAACGCCGACGAGCUCAAGUAAGAAAGGCUCAAAUAGAACACCGAGAAAGGAAAGAGAACCAUGUCAAACAUCUAGAGCAGGAUGUGAUCAACCUCCGCGAGAUGAUAGCCCAAGCAGAAACCCAGUCUGUGCUCUUCAAACACGAGAAUGAAGCCAUCAAAGCGACACUUCAAAGCUCAAGCAUCCCGAUCUUAAAUAUAGCGCCUGUCACCAGAAGUGUGUCUGAACAAAACUCCGAACCCGCCACUGCACCGAAUCUAACAGAACAAUAUCCCCAAGGCAACUUUAGUAUCUCAGGCUCUCCGCAAAACUCACAAUGGCAAUCCAAUAAUUCGUCCAGCCAUAGCCUUGUGAGCAUGACAUUCGACGAAAUGAUCGAUGCCAGCUGUCUUCAAAUUACCCCACCUACCAACUUCGCCCCGGACAGUGAUAUAUUCUUGACCUCUCCCGAAAUCUUCGACCUCCCUCCAAAUCCUUACGUGCCAGUCGCUUCUUCCGAGCCAAUGCCUCCGUCUAGCUUCCCAAGCCUCAAUCCAGCGCUUUCCAAGGCUCUCCCCAAACUUCCAGACGAAGCGACAGCCCCAAUAUCACAGGAAGUUCUCCAAAACCUCUCAACAAUAGCAAUAAACUUCAUCCUAGCACUCGAACACCCAUGCCGAACGCACUUUCACGCCCACGACCAAACCUUCGAUCCCAAAGGCUCCCCUUCAGGCCACGAAAUGAUGGCCUCCACACUUCUCUAUUCGCACGCCCCGCCUCCGGUUUUCUCCUCUUUCAAUGAUCCACCGCUCACAUCCAACACUUCCCCCACACAAAAAGUUGAAUGGAGAGCUCCAAGCCCAGAAUUAAAGCAGCUCUACGCUAUGUCGCAAAGCUUGCCAAAAGGCGACUGGGAAAUCACGCCAGUGCAAGCGUGGUUCUUGCUCAUGGGGAGACUGGGUGUUAGUGCAUUGGUGGAAGGUGGUGGGCAAGGCGAAGGGAAUGAAGGGUUCUUGGCAAAGUUGAAGAAGGGGCUAGCGAAGCUGGUUAAUUGUUUUGCGUUUGGUGCUGUGAUGGAUGAGGCUAGGUUUUGGGAGGUUGUUGAGGCAACUUUGAGGGGUGAGGAUGUGCUAGGAUCAGCGUAGAAAAGGUUGGAGCUAUGUGGUGGGAGUUGAAGGUGGAAUUGCAUAUAUUCUUCAUGCUUGAGCAUUUACUGCCUGUGUAGUUCUGGGGGGUCAUUAAAAUCAUGGUCA